AGAAAUGUGAAUAAAUUGUAUUGAGCCGAUUAGAAUAUUUGAGAAGAACCUUAAAAGCCAAAUAAAAAACAUCCUUGCUAUUUAGUCCUUAAUUAUCCAACGAAAAAAAAAAUGUCCUCGUUACUCAUGGACAUGCCACCUGAUAAUCCAGUGUUAUCGAUCAGACACAUGAGAGGAAGAAAAUCUCCACCAAGUCAAUAUGCGUUCGAGAUCAAAUCCUUCUCAUUGCUUGCGAAGGCCUCAAUAGAAAAAGUAACCUCAGAAGAAUUUGAAGCUGGGGACUGUAAAUGGAGUCUCUCAAUAUACCCCACCGGGAACAAAAGGAGAGCAGGGGAAGGCCAUGUUUCCAUUUACUUGGCGCUUACGGAUCCAAGUUCGUUACCUCUUGAUUGGGAGGUUAACGCCAUUGUCAACUUUUCUCUCUAUAAUUUCCACGAGGACGCAUAUGUCACAACACAAGAUGCAAGCACUAGGCGUUUCCAUGUCCUGAAAACAGAAUGGGGUAUUGCAAAAUUUAUUGACCUUCACACAUUUUACGAUUCUUCAAACGGAUACUUGAUUGAAGAUACAUGUGUUUUUGGAGCUGAGGUUUUCGUUGUCAAGACCACAAACAAAGGGGAUGUUUAAAUCUG